UGAUUAUGAUGAUUGGUGUAUCAAAAUACAAUUACGAUGGUAGGUAAAUCGUAUGUGUAUAAAUAUAGGAAUAGAAAUAAUAUUUUUCAUUUAAUUGAUCAAUUUGGUGUUAUUAAAAGUGUUCAACAAAUGCUAAGGAUGCGGCUUCGAUCCGUACUGAUUCUCUUACUCCAACAACUAACAAUUUAAUCGGCACAAUCGUUUGUGAAAAAAUAAAUUCCAACAAACUGACCUGGGAACUGUAGAGAUGAAUGCGGCCCAGACAACGUACUCCUUCUUCCAAUUUCUUUAAAUAGCGCUUUUUCUGGCUUUCUUAUCUUCUUCUUCUCUAAUUUUGGCAAUUCAGACUCUUUACUACUUUCUAUUCGUCUUCUUCUUUUCAAACCCUGAAAAUAAUUAAAUUAAUCAAGACAAUCAAAGAACAAUUACAUUGAUCGUGCACCCACCACCAUGGAUUCUGAUCUCUCCGUUAUCAUCCCUCGCGUCCUCAUCGUCUCUCGACGUACCCUUCGCAAGAACAAGUUCGUAGAUUUUGUGGGUGAAUACCAUCUUGAUCUUAUAGUAGGUUAUGGAGCAGUACCAGUAAUCGUGCCCCGAGUGAAUGGGGUGCACAUGUUAUUGGAUAGCUUCGAGCCCAUCCAUGGAGUCCUCCUCUGCGAAGGAGAAGGCAUUGACCCGUCUCUCUAUGAGUCAGAGGUUGACGUCUCAGGUCUUUCACCGGAAGAGUUGGAAGAUAUCAGGAAGCUCCAUGCAAGCGACACAGUCAUCGACAAAGAAAAAGACUCGAUCGAACUGAGGCUGGCGAAGCUCUGCCUCGAACGGAACAUACCCUACUUGGGAAUAUGCAGAGGCUCACAGGUCUUGAACGUGGCAUGUGGAGGAACCCUUUACCAAGACAUCGAGAGAGAGCUCUCGAAAAAGCUCAGCAAAUUGGAUGAUAAAAAAAAUGGUGUGUAUGUGCAGCAUAUAAAUUAUGAAGACUACGAUGGGCAUAGGCAUGUGGUGAAUAUGGUGGAGAAGACUCCUUUGCACCAUUGGUUUAACGAGUCUAUGGAAUCAGGAGAAGGGAAGAUGCAGAUUAGGGUUAACAGCUAUCACCAUCAAGGUGUUAAGAAAUUGGCACAGAGAUUUGUGCCAAUGGCAUUUGCACCAGAUGGUUUGAUUGAAGGGUUUUACGAUCCAGAUGCUUAUAAUCCUGAGGAAGGUAAGUUUAUCAUGGGAUUACAGUUUCAUCCAGAGAGAAUGAGGAGACCAGAUUCUGAUGAGUUUGAUUACCAUGGUUGCCCAUCUGCUUAUCAGGAAUUUGUGAAGGCAGCAAUUGCUUACAAGAACAAGCUUAAUAGAUCAGCUUCAGUACCACAAUCUUUGAAGCUGGAUGGGGAAAUGGAGAAAAGGAGAAAGAAAAUUGUUAGAAGUUUCUCAAUUGCAAGAAACAUAUACACAGGAGGCCUAGGAGGUGGUCUCCAUCCAAUCAAAGAAUCUGAACUUGAAGCUGGUGCAGAAUUCCUUGAGUCGAACACAGCACUGAGCUUACAGCAGGAGAAUAGACUGAAGCAAAUGGGUGCAACAGUGAGAAAUGCAGGUUCCUAUAAACAGAGAUUGAAGUUGAAUGAGGAGAGAGAAAGAAUGGCAAGGAAUGUGAUGGGGAAAAUGUCAGUGGAGCAAUUGUCUAAUCUGUUGACCUUCUACAUGUUGAAAAUCAAUGUCAAAGCUAGAGCUCCUCUCCCCAACCCCCUAUUCCCAGAAGUCGAUGAAUAUGCUACCUCUGAACGGAAGGCCCCCGCGGAGCUUGGAUACGGUUUCCCUAUCGGAGAUCCAUGGAUCACAGACGCUAGAGGUAGCACACGUUGCGAGGCUGCUCGGCUAGAGGCAAUACUCGCGGCGAGGCAAUUGCUCGGCUGGAGGCGGUGCUCGUUGCGAGGCGGCUCGGCUUGUGGCGUUCUUCAUUUCGAGUAUGCACUCGACGUCAGCGUGAGCUCAUUAUGA